GGCUAAUCCUGCAGCGCCCGGACAAUUGAUGCCAUAUCAGGUCCAGCACCAGGUCCCGGUUCCUGUUCCCGGUCAGCCGCCCAACCCGACUCUGAGACCGUACAUGCCCGUCCACAAUGGCUACGCAGCUAUGCCUCCGCCUGUGGAUCUUCAAUGAUUAUGGUGAGAAUCGUUGGAAGGCUUCGUAUUGCUUAGAGACACCCCGUCUUCUACAACUGCUUUUUUGUGGGGUACCCCCCGGUAGUCAAUUAGCAUCCUUUUCAUGGAUCUAUGAACUGCCGCCACCAGAUCUUCUUAGCAUCUGUGUGCUCAUUGGCCUUGUAACCCGAGGUACUAUAUCUUUUCCAGCUGAACUUCUUUCUCUCUCUCAUUCGCCCGUUCUGUCUUCUCUCUCGUUCUAUCUCUCUCUGUUCAUAUUCUGACAAGGGGGACUACUUGUCGAAUUCUGAAUGAGAAAAGUAAUAGUUUGACGUCAUCAGCUUCCCCACCUGCAUUUAUAAUAUGAUAGAAGUCUCUUUUAUUUUUUCCCUAUCUCAAACAUUUCUGCUUGGUGCUUGGGAUGGUCCAAGCAAGCUACAAUAUUGCAAUCAGAUGCAUAAGGUAUGCCACUUGUCAUCUAAUGAUUUUUUACAAUCAGCACGGUUUGCUUAAUGUUUCCUUCAGGUUAUCUAUUCGGCUGGUGAUAGUUACCAUUCCAUGCCUGUGCUGCCAUCUCUAAUGUGCUUUUGAUGUGUGGACUUCCUGGUUAUUCUGCUCCGUAUACGACAGUAGCACGACCUGCUUUUCCUCCACGACCUCAUGGAAAUCUAGGUGUUCUUACAGCGGUUCCACGUCCCCCAAUUUCUCUUAUUCCUGGAGUUCGCCCUAUCAUCCCUCCUGUCGUGAGGCCUGGGCUUGUCCCUGUGACACCUGCUGAAAAGCCACAGACGACAAUUUAUAUUGGCAAGAUUGCACCAACUGCAGAUAAUGAUUUCAUGCUAUCACUUCUCAAACUCUGUGGGCCUGUCAAGAGCUGGAAACGUGCUCAAGAUCCAACAGAUGGAACUCUUAAACGCUUUGGUUUCUGUGAAUUCGAAUCUGCUGAAGGAGUUCUUCGUGCAUUACGCCUUCUGAACAAACUUAAUAUAGAUGGGCAAGAAUUGGUGUUAAAUUUAAACGAAGCGACAAAGGGAUAUCUUUUGCGUUACAUUGAAAAGAAAACUGAAAAUGCAAAGAAAGAUACAGAAACUGAGGCUGCUUCUACAGCUGAGAUAGUAGGAGGUGCUGUGCCUGGUGCUGAGAAUAAUGAAUCUGCCAAACGCAGUGUGGACUUGAAGAAAGAUGACUCUGCCGCUGGGAAAAGAGAUGAUUCUGACUCGGGGAAAAAGGACGAGUCUGACUCAGGAAAAAAGGAGCUAGACUAUACGGAGUUUGGACUCGUAACAGAUGAAGAUAGAGAAGCGGACAGAGAAGCCUUGGAGAAGCUCACAGGCAUGAUUGAGGAGAGAUUAAAAUCUCUUCCUCCACCCCCUCCACAUGCUCCAGCAGAUGUUUUGGGAAUCACAGACUCAGAAGCAGCUGCCAAAUCAAAAGACAGGGACUCUGAUGCUGAUCUCGUGAAAAAUGAUGCAGAAGAUAAAGAUGAUGAUGAGACGACUAGUGAUAACAAAGCUUCAAGCGAACAUGACAAGACUGAGACUAGCUCACCAGACAGAAGUAGGAGGUAUGACAGAAGAAGCAGGGACCGGGACAGAGAUAGAGACUUGAAACGGGAGAAAGAAAGGGAAAUUGAGAGAUAUGAAAGAGAAGCAGAACGAGAGCGCAUCCGCAAAGAAAGGGAGCAGAGAAGGAAGAUUGAGGAUGCUGAGCGAGAGUAUGAGAAGCGUCUUAAGGACUGGGAAUACCGAGAAAGAGAGAUAGAGAAGCAAAGACAGUAUGAGAGGGAAAAGGAAAAGGAAAGGCAACGCAAAAGGAAGAAGGAAAUCAUGUAUGAUGAGGAAGAUGGAGAAGACGAUUCCAGAAGGUGGAGUAGGAGCGCGGUAGAGGAGAGGAGGAAGAAGAGACAGAGGGAGAAGGAGGAUGACUUGGCUGAUAGAAGAAAGGAAGAGGAAGAAAUAGCUGAAGCCAAGAAGAGGGCUGAGGAAGAAGAAAAGCAGCGGCUACUGCAGAUAGAGGAAACGGAACAGGUUUCAGAUCGUGUAGUGAAUGGAAAUGAAAACAGUGCGAUGGUUGAAGAACCAGUAGCAGAAAGGAAAGAUGCCGAGGAUGAUUAUGGUGGUGGGAAUCAUAUAGGUGAGGAAGCUUCUCGAAUUGGCAUCGGGGAUGGAUUGCUGUCAACAGUAGAUGCUGCCUCUGAUGUGCAGAAUAAUAACAAUGCUCCUGCGAAAAAGCUGGGAUUUGGUCUUUCAGGUUCUGGAAAGCGAACAGCUGUCCCAUCUGUUUUUCAAGAGGAUGAUGAUGAUGAUGCUCAGAAGGAGAAGAAGAUGAGGCCCUUGGUUCCUAUUGAUUACUCGAAUGAGGAAAUGGAAGCUGUUCAAUUAGCUGCUGGAAUGCCACAACCAAAUUUAGCUGCUGCAGCAGAAUUCGCAAAGCGAAUUUCCAACAACAGCACGAAAGAAGAGAAACCUGAAUCCGAGAGGGAAAGAAGUAGACGGUCUCAUGAUAGGCCGAGCCAGCGGGAGAAGGACCGUUACAAUGAUGAGAACAAAGAGAAGGGUCUCCAUCGCGAGCAUGGAUCUGAAAAGUCGAAGACAACACCAGAUAAUAAGAAACUAUUGGAUGCGAAGCAGUUGAUCGACAUGAUCCCGAAGACAAAGGAGGAUCUUUUUUCAUAUGAGAUUAACUGGGCAUUGUAUGACCAGCAUGAACUACAUGAAAGAAUGAGGCCGUGGAUCUCAAAGAAGAUUACGGAGUUCCUAGGCGAGGAAGAGAAAUCACUGGUUGAUUACAUUGUAAGCAGCACCCAGGAGCAUGUGAAGGCAUCGGAUAUGCUGGAGACGCUCAAGUCCAUACUAGAUGAGGAAGCAGAGAUGUUUGUGCUCAAGAUGUGGCGGAUGCUCAUUUUUGAAAUCAAGAAGGUUGAGACGGGUCUUCAUAUGAGGUCAAGAACCUGACUGAGAACUCGUGUUAUAUUGUUUUCAUGUUCUCCCCAUCAUCUGGUUAUGAUGUGAUAUGAUGUGAUCAACCCUGUUACACCAGCUAGACCCGAUAGGACCACAUCUGCCUUUCGCUUGACUUUUAGGUUCUUACUGGUAAAAUUCUAAAGCCAAAAUGCAAAUGUACUUGCCAACAUUUGCAUCAGCCGGUCUCUUCUUCUGGGUUAGGGAAAUGCAUGACUGAGAUUGGCAACAGUUAUCCUGAUCCUGUCUCGUGUUAUGUUUCGUUGAACACCAGAGAUCUCUUAUUUAUUGAUGGAUUUUUUUGUCAAUGACAAUUCAGCCUUUAGUUCUCGGUCAUAUUUUUGCUUGGUCUUGAGCUGCAGAGUUCGGCUCGGAACUGCUUGCUAGUACAAUCCUUGAUGCAUUUAUAACACUACGGUGAAGUGGUUUCAUUGGAUCCCACUGCCGAACUAUUGCUUUUAUUUAUUAUGAGGAUGAAUGGAUUCGAGAUGUAAAA